CUGGACAAAAAUGAAACAAGUUGGCAGGCCUGCCUCUUGUUCCAGCGUGGUUGUGCAAAAAAAUUUUGUUGAACCUAAUUUCUAAUUUUGAGUCGAUAAAUUCCCGUAUACCGCCCGAAAAUGCCCCCUAAAAAGGCACCGGCUGGUCCCAGCAAGAAGACCGAGCAGAAAAAGAAGGAGAAAGUCAUUGAGGACAAGACCUUCGGACUGAAGAACAAGAAGGGCAACAAGCAGCAAAAGUUCAUCCAGCAGGUGCAGAAGCAGGUACAGGCCGGCGGCCACCAUCCGCGGCAGGAUGGAGACAAGCGCAAGGAGGAGAAGGAAAAGAAGCUGGCCGACCAGCGUGAGAUGGCCAUGAUCUUCAAGCCGGUGCAGACGCAGAAGGUGGAGAAGGGCACCGAUCCGAAGUCGGUGGUGUGUGCCUUCUUCAAGCAGGGAAUCUGCACCAAGGGCGACAAGUGCAAGUUCUCCCACGACCUGUCCCAGGAGAACAAGGUGGAGAAGCGCUCCAUCUACGUGGACAUGCGCGAUGAAGAGGACUCGAUGGCCAACUGGGACGAUGCCAAGCUGAAGGAGGUGGUCGACAAGAAGAGCUCCGGCGAGAAGCAGCGCCCCACCACAGAUAUUAUCUGCAAGUUCUUCUUGGAGGCCGUGGAGAAGUCCAAGUACGGCUGGUUUUGGGAGUGCCCCAACGGCGAGAAGUGCAUUUACCGACAUGCCCUGCCGCCGGGAUAUGUGCUGAAGCGUGACAAGAAGAAGGAGGACAAGCCCACGGAAAUAUCGCUGGUCGAUCUGAUCGAGAAGGAGCGCGCCGCCCUGGGACCCAAUCAGACACGCGUAACACUCGAGUCCUUCCUGGCCUGGAAGAAGCGAAAGCUGUCGGAGAAGAAGGCCAAGCUGAUCGCCGAAGAGGAGCGCAAGAAGAAUGACUUUAGCAAGGGCAAACAGUUUGGCAUUUCGGGUCGCGAGAUGUUCAGCUUCAAUCCCGACCUGGUCGACGACGGACCAAUGGAAGAUGGCGACGCUGCCUUCGACAUUUACAAGCGCGAAGACGACGACGAUGACAAUGCCGUGGAAUUCAAGGAACUCGACCUGGCCGCCCUCUCGUUGGCUGCCAAGGAGGUGGACGGCUCCGGAACCAUUGCAUCCACCACCCGGCUAUUAGACCAGGCCACAGAAGCAGCCAAAACUGCCGCUGCCGAGGAGGCAGCGGCUGACGAUGGUCCCUCAUCGUCUGAACCCGCCAACGAUGCUGCACCCAUCAACAAGGAUCUCUUUGUUGAUCUAGCCGGCGAACUGGAUGACCUGGAUCUGGAGGAUGAAGAUGAUGAUUAGUCCCUUGUGUAGUUUGUUCUAAAUGAGUUCAUGAAAUGAUUUCUGCCUUUUAGCUACUUAUCAAUCAAUAAAGUUGUGGCUUUUAA